UCCCAGAAGAGCUGAGAGCAGCCAGGAUCUCCACUCCUGCUGUUUGCUUGCUUACUUUUAAAACAAGGAAAAAGACCUGUGAUGGAAAUCAGAUAAUUAGAUCUGCAGAAUACGACAAAGAAGUAUGGGGAGCGACGACUGUAUUCUCAUCACCUUGUCCGGAGAGGGUCCCUGGGGCUUUAGACUGCACGGGGGAGCUGAGAAGAGCUUACCUCUGCUUGUUUCAAAGGUACGCAAGCGCAGCAAGGCAUGUCGUGGUGGGCUGCGGGAGAACGAUGAACUGAUUGGGAUCAAUGGGAAACCGUGUGUUGGAUUAUCACAUGCACAAGCAAUGCAGAUGAUAGACUCAUCAGAAGGCAGUCUCCAUCUUCAUGUCAAGAGGACAGCAACUGCAGCUCAGACACCUCGGACACAGAAAGUCUUUCCUUCACCUUGCAGCCCAAACUCUAUUAGAAGCCCAGAACCCCCCAGCUAUUGGGCUGCAUCCUCAUCCAUUUCUUCGACAUCUGGUCAACCUCGACUGCUGCACUUGGAGAGCAUUACUUCUCCUCCAGAUAGUGAGGCGUACUACGGGGAAACAGAUAGUGACGCUGACACCCAAGCAUCUCUUGGGCAUCUCCAGAGUACCCAACAACAUCUUAACCAGCAGCAGGCACCCCCAGAGAAACACCGCAGAGCACGUAAGAAGAGUCCAAGAUCUCCACCUGGGAGCAGUGGCAAAACCAAAAACGAGCAGCAAUCUCUUUCUGAGAUGAGUGGUUAUGAAAGUGGUCCUGGUGGUGUUGCAGAAGGUGUCUUACAGUCAACAAGUGGAGUGGCCAAAAGAGAAAUAGUAUACCAGCCUGAUGCCAGCAGAGCUGAAACCCCCUUCUCAGAUGUGGAAGGCUUUCUGCCAGCUGAGGAGCCACAGCAGAUAUCUAAUAUCACUUCAACCUCACCUGAAUCUAUGCUCCUGCCCCAUGCCACAAAAAGCAUCCGAGCUGAGAGACAUCUUAUCCCAAUGAUAGGACCAGUGGCACACCCCGUAGAUGAAGAUCUGACAACAACCUACUCAGAUAAAGCCAAAGAAGCAAAACUUCAUCGCAGUGAGAGUGUGCAGGAGAAAAACGUGAAGGAAGCUAGAACCAAAUGUAGAACAAUUGCAUCUCUGUUAACUGAUGCUCCUAAUCCCCACUCAAAAGGUGUUCUUAUGUUUAAGAAGAGACGACAGAGAGCAAAAAAAUAUACACUUGUGAGUUACGGAAGUGUAGACGAAGAUCGCUAUAACGAAGACGAAGACGGAGUCCUUCCUACAAGUGAAUCAGAAUUUGAUGAAGAGGGAUUCUCUGAUGCCCGUAGCUUAACAAAUAAUUCAGACUGGGACAGCACCUAUAUGGAUAUUGAAAAGCCCAAAAUGGAACAUGAAACACAAGAAGAGAAAGGUCUGAGUGAGGCAUCUGGAAAGGGAGCAGCAAUGUUUGAAUUACAGAGGCAGAAAUCUGAACAGAUGGCUGACAAAUCUCCCUCACAAAAUCUCACAGAGCAUCCUAAAACUCCAAUUGCUCCUCCUCGGAAAUCAGUUGCUAAUGGAAAUGUUAUUCACACAGUAAAUUAUGAUAAAAGCCAAGAGAUAGAGGGCUCAGAAAAUACCAAGGUAACAACCACACAAAUUUCACUAACUCCGGCUCAUUCUCAAGAUCCAAAUGCUCCUGGAAAUGUCAUCUUCAACAGGUCUGCAAGACCAUUUACUCCAGGUCAAGUUGAACAGCGGACAAUGGCUUCGUCAGUUGUAUUCAAGCCCUCCCCACCCAAAAAAAUUGAAAGCUUUUCUGUGCAAAAUGUGGCUCCAUCUCCAUUCACCCCUUUUACAACUGAUAUACCUGCUAGUCCACAAAAGGCUCCUGUAAGUUCUGUUGCAUCCCUUUAUAUCCCAGCACCUGGGAAGGUGGUGUCUUCACCUGCAACCCAAUACCAUGGAAAUCAAAAAGAAAAUCUUGCAGCUCCAACAACACCACGGACUACUACUGCUUCCAUAUAUCUUUCAUGUCCCUCUCGUCCAUCUGGUCCUCUUACUGUUUCUUCCCAGCCAAAUAUAUUGGAGUCUACACCAGUGACUCCAUCAACAUCUACAGUGUCACAAUUUAUCAGCCCAGCACCCACUACACCUUUGUAUAUAUCACCAGUUACUCAAGUAAACCAGUCACCAGAGUCUGUGAAUUCAAGAGAACAGAGGAUCUCUGUACCUAUAGGACGUACUGGCAUCCUAAAUGAAGCUCGAAGGAGAGGCAGCAGAAAACAGAUGUUUGCUAAAAAGGAGGAGAAGAAGUGUUUGCCAAACCCAGAACUGCUGUCAAUGGUAAAGAAUAUAGAUGAGAAACCAAAACAGGAGCAACAUGGAGCAGGUUUUGAAUCUGGCCCAGAAGAAGACUUCCUCAGCUUAGGAGCUGAAGCAUGCAAUUUUAUGCAAUCUUCAGCACGAAAAUUUAAAGUUCCUCCUCCUGUGGCUCCAAAACCUAAUUUUAAAUCAUCAGAACAACUUGUUAAUGGAAGCCAAGAGCUGCAUCAGUUGAAGGGUAAAGGAGCAGAGCUGUUUGCAAAGCGACAAAGUCGUAUGGACAAAUUUGUUGUUGACUCAGAUAACAGAUCUAGCUCCAGGCCUAACUCAAGGCCAAGAACACCUUCACCAACACCAUCUCUUCCCUCAUUUUGGAAAUAUUCACCUAAUAUUCGUGCACCACCUCCAAUAGGAUAUAAUCCACUGGUUUCUCCAUUCUGUCCAUUAGCUGCAUCAAAAUCUCAAGGUGCUAAAGCAGAUAGCAAAGUUAAAAAAGGAGCCACUGGAAAGCCACGAAUGCAAGCUAUAGAUUUUAUGCGCCACCAGCCUUACCAGCUAAAUUCAGCCAUGUUCUGCUUUGGGGAUUCUUCUGAUAACCAGGAUUCUCAAAAAAUUAAUUCUACUCAAACUAGACAAGUUCCUGUGAAAACUGCGAGAGCUCAUGAGAUUAAGCGCUUCUCAACUCCUACUCCAAUGUCUUCUUCAGUCAACAUGACUCCUACAGUGUUAACUCCUAGAUCUGCAACAACACUUGGAGAGCCAGUUUGGAGAAACGAUGUAUCAUGCCAGCCUCUGACAACCAAUGUUGGGCAUGCACCUUUUUCUGCUUCUGGUCAGGAGGUUCCACAGAAGAAUUGGGAAUCAUCAGUCCUUAGUCCUACUAACUCAUUUACCUCACCUAGAUCAUCAAUGUCUAGAAUCCAGGUGCCAAAGCCAAAAUUUUCCACAGCCAAAACAGGAAUGCAGGCUAAUGUAUGGAGACCAGCCAAAGUCCAUUUCUGAUCUGAAAUCUAGCUACAUUAUUCACCAGUUGUGGAAAAUGCUUUCGUGAUUUCUGUUUUAAAAGCUGCUUUUUAAUUUGUGUGUAGAACAUAAUUAUCAUCCUUUCAUUUCCCCCAGACCUUUAUUAAUUUGAGUAAGAAACAAUGAACUACAAUAUGGAAAAAGAGAGUGACAUGCCUCUUGAUGGCUUAAGAAAGAGCAGUAGAAAAAGAGAUAUUCAAAUAAGGCAAUAUAUAUUUGAAUAAUUAAAACCAACACUCUUUUAAGGUUUGAAAUAUACAGAAAGUAACAUAAUGUGAUAUGAGCAUCUCUAUAUGGGGCAAACAAAGAUGGACAUUGUAUCAAUAGUGGUUUAUUGGUGCAACUAAAAGACCCAAGUAUGUUGACUCUGUAUUAUAUUGUGCCACUAAUAUACUUGAGGUGACAUUUUACUCAGACGUCUAUGUAUCCAGAUGCAGAAUUAAAUCUUUAACCACACAAAUGGGAUGCAUGCAGUUUCUCUUAUUGGGAUUAUUGGGCAUCUUCUUAUUUCAAUGUACAAAUAAUAUACUAAACUACAGAUGUAGCCAUACUAAAAAGAACUGUGAUAACAUGUCACGGUGUCAUCUCGCUACAAAAGCCAAAUCCAUUUAAAAAGUCAAUUAACAUGUUCUUGUCAUUGUUUACUUAAAGCUACAUUCCCAGGACAGUGAGAAAAAAAUGUCCAUUGAAAACGCACACAAUGUCUUUCAUGGCCAUUCUACAUUCAUGUAUUCAUUUAUUCUCUGGUUGCUUGUCCGUUUUAAUGGCUAUUUUGUAUGUGUGGCCACAAAAAAAGGAUGCAUGUCAUAUUUUUUGGGGGAACAGCUCAAACGCUGCAGUACCCUCAGUAUAUAUUUUAUACCCCACGGUGCCCCCAAUAUAAAUAAUAGCCACCAUAUUGCCCCAGUAUCUGUGGUGCCCACAGUGUCUAUAAUGUCCCCAUAGUGGCCCUAAUAUACAUAGUAACAUAGUUUAUAAGGCUGAAAAAAGACAUAUGUUCAUCCAGUUCCAUCUGUUAUCCUUCAAGUUGAUCCAGAGGAAGGCAAAAAAAUUCCUCUUUGGUCUGAAAAACAAAACAAAAUUCACCUUAUCUACUUGAACGAGCAGGAACACUCGUUCUGCACUAGGGGGAGCAGGAUCUGAUAGAACAUGUUCCUUCGAGUUCAAGAGAAUGAGGUGUUUUUUAACCCCUGGAAUGCACUUUUACCCAUUUUUAAUGGUCAUUUGACCAAUGCACUCCUGUCUAAAUGGAGUUUAAAAAUGGACCAAUUGAUUUCAAUUGGUCCAUCUGUCAGUAUAAAAACUGCAGUGUAAGUAUCCCAUAGACUUCUAAUGGUUUUGAAAACUGCAGUGUGCCAGCUGUUUUUCCUUUCCUGUGAAUGUAGCCUUACAUGUUAACCAUUCCUUUUAGCGCGACCACAUCUGUAAAUUAAAAUCUAGUGAUAUUGAAAAGUGUACCGUUUACUUGGUAUAAACCACACUUACGAAUAAGAACUGCAUGUUCUUUGUUUUCCUAAAGUGUGAGCAUGGCUAGAUGACACAUUUUCUGCACAAGUAUGUGUUUUAUUCACAAAAUUUGUAGUGGAAAUUUGUGUACAAAAGCUGACUUUUUUUAUCCCCCAAAAACUUCUCUUUAGGAUUUGUGUACACGGUUGUAGUAUUGAAGUAAAUGUAUUAAUUGCCUUUGAAAGUCCCAUUAUAACGUAAAAGAAAAAUUGUUACUAUAAAUCUUAUAGUAUACAAUCACUUUUGUAAUACAGUUUUGAAGCAUCAUUUAUUUGAAGUGAUAUACUUAGUAAAAAUAAACCACACCAAAAGUA